AUGGAUCUCUUGUGGUAUCUCAGUGGAUUAGUCGUUUUGUUUUUAUUAUGGAUUAGAAUAAAAGGUCUAGAUUAUGUAAUAAUUCAUCAGAGAUGGAUCUUCGUUUGUCUUUUUCUUCUGCCCUUGUCUGUCGUUUUUGAUGCUUAUUACUAUGUUCGAGCUUGGAUCAUCUUUAAGAUGUGCUCAGCACCAAAGCUGCACGACCAGCGGGUCCGGGACAUCCAGAGACAGGUUCGUGAGUGGAAGAAAGACGGAGGAAAGACGUACAUGUGCACAGGCCGUCCUGGCUGGCUCACUGUGUCUCUCAGAGUGGGGAAAUACAAGAAGACCCACAAGAAUAUAAAAAUCAAUAUGAUGGAUGUCCUGGAGGUGGACACAAAGAGACAGGUGGUGCGAGUGGAACCUUUGGUGAAUAUGGGUCAGGUGACGGCUUUAUUGAAUUCCAUCGGUUGGACACUGCCUGUGUUACCUGAGCUUGAUGAUCUCACAGUAGGGGGUCUGAUAAUGGGCACAGGGAUAGAGUCCUCUUCUCAUAUUUAUGGCUUGUUUCAGAACAUCUGUGUGGCCUAUGAACUGGUACUGGCAGAUGGAAGUCUGGUCCGGUGUACUGAGAAAGAGAACCCAGACUUGUUCUAUUCAGUCCCAUGGUCAUGUGGAACCCUGGGCUUUCUGGUGGCUGCUGAGAUCCGGAUCAUUCCAGCACGCAAGUGGGUAAAACUGCGUUACGAAGCUGUGCAGGGCUUGGAUGCAAUUUGUAAGAAGUUUGCAGAGGAGUCAGCCAACAAAAAUAACCAGUUUGUGGAGGGGCUGCAGUAUUCCAUUGAUGAAGCUGUGAUUAUGACCGGCAUUAUGACCGAUCAUGCAGAGCCUGAUAAGAUCAAUUGCAUCGGCUACUACUUCAAGCCCUGGUUCUUUAAACAUGUUGAGCAAUACCUGAAGAAGGGUGGUGUGGGUGUUGAGUACAUCCCACUCAGACACUACUACCAUAGACACACACGGAGCAUCUUCUGGGAGCUACAGGAUAUCAUUCCAUUUGGGAAUAACCCCUUGUUUAGGUACGUGUUUGGCUGGAUGGUUCCUCCAAAGAUCUCUUUGCUGAAGCUGACUCAGGGUGAGACCAUUCGCAAACUCUACGAACAGCAUCAUGUGGUUCAGGACAUGCUUGUGCCCAUGAAGCAACUGCAAAUGGCCAUCUCACGCUUCCACCAAGACAUCCAAGUGUAUCCAUUGUGGCUGUGCCCAUUCAUACUGCCCAGUCAGCCGGGUAUGGUGCACCCGAAGGGGAAUGAGGAUGAACUGUAUGUGGACAUCGGUGCAUAUGGAGAACCUCGAGUGAAACAUUUUGAGGCUCGUUCCUCUACACGUCAGCUCGAGAAGUUUGUGAGAAGUGUUCAUGGCUUCCAAAUGCUUUAUGCUGAUGUAUACAUGGAGCGGCAGGAAUUCUGGGAAAUGUUUGAUGGUACGUUGUAUCAUAAGCUCAGGAAGGAGCUGGACUGUGAGCGAGCAUUUUCUGAAGUCUACGACAAAAUCAGCAAAGCUGCACGACACUAAAGUAAAAAAAAUAUAUAUAAAAAAAGUACCUCAUAAAUGCUAUGAAUUUCUAAAUAUGAGCCUGUCGUAGCCAGUAUUACCAGCUAUCCAUCAAAUUGGAAUUUUAUACUGUUUUUAACAAGCUAAUUGUAACUCUAAUUUCUGCCAAAGUGUUUUGCAAAAAGCCCCAAGUGACUAAGCAAAGUGAAUAUAGAAAAAAUUAGGUUGUAUGUAGGGUCACAACAGUUUAUAUAGUUAUAUAUAUAUUUAUAUAUUAAUCUUUAAUAAACAUAAUUCUGCCUCUAAUUAAACUGAAACCUAAAACAUGCAAAGUGGAAAUAAACCCAAAAGAGGGCGCCAAUUUGCAGGGCAUCACACAGUUUCAUCUUGGGGCAAAUUGGAGCAGUCAGUUCAACAGUUCUACUGGCAUAGUUUGGAAGGUAAAAGGAAACUGGAGUACAGUUAAUAAAAACUAACACGUGCUUUUAUUAAAACACAUAAACCCAGCCAUCACCUCAUUUUCGAAAUGCUGCUCACUUGAACAUGUCACUUACUUAAAACUCUUUUACACAUAUGUCUGUAUAUUUCUACCACCCAGAGAGCAAUGCUACUUAUGCUUUCUUUAAUACCUGGUCUCUGUUAACUAUGGUAUAGUACAUUAAUUCAUAAAACGAUGUUUAUGAUUCCAUAACUUUUGGAAUUCCAUUUGUAACUGUUGUUCUAACAAUUCACUUUUGUUUCAGUUUAAAUUGUUGUGAUUUUUAAAAAAAAUAUUCCCCAAGUUGAUAAGAUGACCAAUGUAAUUUGGCCCCUUUAUUUUAAAUUUAUACCACAGUAAGUAAUGUCCAUUUAGAAGCUCUUGUACACUUAGAAAUUCAAAAUUUAAAUGACUACAUUUUCAAGGUAGUUUUUUCAUACACUUCAUAAAAUUUGCAGUAUUUGUGACGCAUAUAAAAAAAAAUAUUUUUUCAUGAAGUUAUAAUACAAUUACUUCCAUUAAAAGUUUAGCUGUUUUAACCAAAUUAACCACGUAGACAUUAUUUUAUUAAAUGUACUAUUAAAAACAAAGAUAUAUAUACAUAUAUAAAUUCUAAAAUUACAUUUCUUAUUAUUAUAAGUAUUGGGGUAUUUGAAAUGACCUUAUAUAUCUUAAAGCAGUUUUAAUGUGGUUUCUAAAUAUGUUUUCAGGCUUUUACCUGAUGAAUUUUGUAAUUGUUAGUAAUCACUGUAUAUCACACUGCUAUGUAAAGCAUUUAAUGUACCGUCUGUCAAACAGGUUUUGUUUGCCACAAGUGCCUUACAUAAACCACCUUCAUUUUCUUCAUGAAGAAACAAAUCUUGAUUCUGAUCUGGAAUAAAGUGCAUUGCCGGCUUUUUGA